AUGAGCUUGCAACCCAGACGUGAAUAUCACAUCGUGGUUCUUGGCGCUGGUGGCGUUGGGAAGAGCUGUCUCACGGCUCAAUUUGUGCAAAACGUAUGGAUAGAAAGUUACGACCCUACGAUAGAGGACUCCUACAGAAAACAGAUAGAGGUAGAUGGACGUCAGUGUAUACUCGAGAUCCUCGAUACGGCAGGCACAGAACAGUUUACAGCAAUGCGAGAGCUGUACAUGAAGCAGGGACAGGGCUUUCUGCUCGUCUUCUCUAUCACCAGCAUGAGCAGUUUACAAGAGCUUGCCGAACUGCGGGAGCAAAUCAUCCGUAUCAAAGAUGACGAGAAUAUUCCUCUCGUCAUCGUUGGUAACAAGUCCGACCUGGAAGAGGAUCGGGUGGUCUCGAGAGCUCGAGCAUUCCAGAUUUCGCAAGCCUGGGGGAACGCUCCAUACUACGAGACCUCGGCUCGUAGACGAGCCAACGUCUCUGCCGCCAGAUCAUCCGCAAAGACAUGCACAGAACUCAGGUGCGGGAUCAAGAGAGUGGGUCUGGAGGAAGAGGCGGACGAACUAGCCGUGGCGGCCACCGGUCAAGACGAGUCCGUAGGCGAGACAAGUGUGUCAUCCUCUAAAGCGGGUGUUUGUUUGCUUGGUGAUCAACAUGACAUCGAUGUCUCUGCAUGGCGCUUCGGAUUGGCAGAGAAUAUAGAGAUGACUCCAUACACCCCAAAAGGAUAG